UGUGUGGGUUUCCCCGGUAACCAUAGUCUGGGCUGAGCUGCAGCGGAGCCCUGGCAGGAGAGUGUGAGCAGCAGCAGUGAUAGGAGAGGAAGGAGGAGGAGGGGGACUGUCACCUCUUGUAUUAGGAGACCAGGACACUUCUGCUAGGACAUGCAUUGAGCUCUGAGGACUGCAGACACUGGGGGAGACAAGUGACCAUGAGCCUUUCUUGUAUGUUGCGCUAAUGACCAAGACGGUGACGGAUUGUUGAGCUGCAUCAGAGCUGGGGUCAGUAUGGGGACGGCGACUGAAGAACUGGUGGUGGCAGAGGAUGAUUCGUCAUUGAACCCCCUUUGCUUUGAGUGUGGUCAGCAGCACUGGACAAGGGAGAACCACCUGUACAAUUACCUGAAUGAAGUGGACGAUGACCUGGUUUGCCACAUUUGCCUUCAACCAUUGCUGCAGCCGUUGGAUACACCCUGCGGCCACACGUUCUGCUACAAGUGCCUCAGAAACUUCCUACAGGAGAAGGACUUCUGUCCACUGGACCGAAAGAGGCUGCACUUUAAACUGUGCAGGAAAUCCAGCAUCCUUGUGCACAAAUUGCUGGACAAGCUGGUUGUCUUCUGUCCUUUUUCCAAUGCAUGCAAGGACACCAUGCAGCGCUGUGAUGUAGAGGCUCAUCUCAAAAACAGGUGUCCAGGAGCUUCACAUCGGAGACAGGUGUUAGAUCAGAGAAGAGCCAGCAAGCUGCAAAUAGACAUUGAAGACACAGAAAAUAUCCCAGCUGUAAUUGAUCAUCCAACAACCGUAUCUCCAGAUGUGGACAAGGCUGGGACAGCACUACUGGAGAGAAACUCAACUCCAACUGUGCUUCCUGUAUGGUCAGAUGAACAAGGAUUUGAUAAUCCUGCCUUCGAGGAAAGCACCGUGUCUGACACUAUGCAGCCACCAGCAAGUCUGCCAGAGGGAGAGAUUACCACCAUUGAGAUUCAGCGCUCCAACCCUUACAUUGAGCUUGGAAUCAGCAUUGUUGGGGGGAACGAGACUCCUUUAAUAAACAUUGUCAUCCAGGAAAUCUAUCGGGACGGAAUCAUUGCCAGAGAUGGAAGGUUGUUGGCUGGUGACCAAAUCCUUCAAGUGAAUAAUUUUGAUAUUAGCAAUGUAUCACACAACUACGCCCGGGUGGUCAUGUCUCAGCCGUGCACUGUGCUGCAUCUCACUAUGCUGCGGGAAAGACGCUUCGGAAGUAGGUUUGUGAGCCAGGUGGACAACGGCUUACAGAAGGAAGAAAGUUUCCACGUCACUCUGAAUAAAAGAGGAACCAACGAGCAGCUUGGUAUCAAGCUUGUCCGCAGAACUGACGAAUCUGGAGUUUUUAUUCUGGAUCUCCUAGAAGGUGGACUUGCUGCUCAGGAUGGGAGACUUCACAGCAAUGACCGUGUCCUUGCAAUCAAUGGGCUUGACCUGAAACAUGGCACCCCAGAACUUGCUGCUCAGAUUAUUCAGGGUAGUGGGGAACGAGUCCAUCUGACCGUAUCUCGCCCUGUAAAGCAUCCUGCUCCUAAUGUGUCACGUGAAAUAAGCAAUGGACAAUCUCACCACCAUAUGCAGCCCGUCUACCAUCACAGACCUACUGCACACAGGGAUCUUGCUCAGUGUGUUACCUGCCGUGAAAAACACAUUACGGUAAAGAAAGCCCCCAUGGAGUCAUUAGGCAUGACAGUAGCGGGGGGCAGAGGGAGUAAAAGCGGGGAGCUGCCAAUCUUUGUGACCAGCGUGCAGCCUCAUGGAUGCCUGGCACGAGACAGCAGAAUUAAACGAGGUGAUGUUCUACUGAGUAUAAAUGGCAUUGAUCUCACCAACCUGAGUCAUAGUGAAGCAGUAGCCAUGCUGAAAGCCAGUGCUGCCUCCUCAGUCAUCACGCUGAAAGCCCUGGAGGUGGAAGUUCUAGAAGAGCAGGCACAAAUAAAUGAAGAAAUGAGCACAAUCAGUGAGAAUGAGUAUGAUGCCAGCUGGUCUCCAUCAUGGGUCAUGUGGUUGGGUCUUCCCAGCUGUCUCCAUCGCUGCCAUGACGUGGUGCUGCGGAGGAGCAAUAUGGGGAGCUGGGGCUUCAGCAUAGUUGGCGGUUAUGAGGAGAAUCACACAAACCAGCCUUUCUUUAUUAAGACCAUCGUGCUCGGGACACCCGCAUAUUACGAUGGGCGACUGAAAUGUGGAGAUAUGAUUGUUGCUGUGAAUGGUUUAUCUACGGUGGGAAUGAGCCAUUCUGCUCUUGUCCCGAUGCUGAAGGAACAAAGAAGCAAAGUCACCCUUAGUGUAAUCUCUUGGCCUGGAAGCCUUGUGUAAAUCGCUCUACACAAGAGCAUUGCCUUCAAAUAUCUCCUGUGCUCCAGAACUGGCGAACAGUUGGGUCAUCUGUCUUCAACAACCAAGGCCGCCGACAAGUGAGUCUGUGGUCAAGAGGCGAAACUCUCACUGGAGUGGCCCAAACUCACCCAUUACCUGCGCUGGGCUAGCUGUGACCUUCCCUUGCUUCUCUUCCAGCCAUUGAAAAUACCCUGCGAUGAGUCUGUAGUUCGUACCUUGUGCAACGCUGUCAGCAUAAAGUUUUGCUGUGAAGAUUGUGUAAAGCCAUAGAAUAAAGCGCGUGUGUGUGCCAAGAUGACAAGGCGUUCACUGACCACGUCGCCACGUCUGCAGUAUGACCAGCUUUAGUAACGUACCAUCCUCUUUGUCAGUGUGAAAAAUGGAUUCCCACUGCAGUCAUAAUAUUGUGCUGCUAUAAGGCUGGUAUUGGUUUACCUCACAGGAACAUUGCCAGUAACAAAUGUCCUUAAAAUAAUAUCAAUCAUCUGCUUGUGUUCCCUUUUACUUAAAAACAGGGGGCCAAAGCCAACUCUUUAACAGAAUGGAUUUUAUACUGUGCAAUAAUAGAUGUUUCUUUUUUCCCUUCUUCGUUUGUCAAAUGGUAAUUUAAUACACAACGUAGCCUGUAAGAUUGUUAACGGGGAUUGGUUGCAAGGUUCAUCUUCCUUAUAAUGAAUGUUUUUGUUAGCAUAAACAAAUUUUGAUACUUUUAUUGCAAUAUUUCUAAGAUAAUGUGCUUGUGAUUGUGAGCUUUUUACAAAGGUAAACAUGAAGACAGUUUGAUGAAUAAGUGUUAAAUAUAAAACGAGAAUUGAAUUUGAGCUUCCCUACACACUACUGCCAGAAGUUGUAUUACAGCUACUGCAAGGUAUCAUGGGAAAAGGAAUCCAACAUGUAGCUGCCAUUAAAGAUGGAGUUUAGCACAGUAGGGAUUGGAGUUCAUGUAGUAAAGAGGUCACUAGUACUUCUCAAGAAGCAGCAAAGUUAAUGAAACUGCCAGUUUAGAUGUAAUGUCCUAAAUUCUAGAAACCCACAUCCCAUAGUCUACUUCUUUAGAGAGCCCAUAGAAGUAUUUUCAAGGUUUUACCACACUUGAACUUCAGGUAAGACCGAGAAUUGUAGCUUCCAUAAAAUUGUAAAACUGUUGGCGUGCUCAAAUCUGUUGUUUAUUGAUAUCAGGCAUUUUUUUAAGUUAUGCUGGGUUUAAAGAAUCAUGCAAUAUGAAAGGCUAAAUGAAUCACCAGGACACAAGCCAACAUCAUCAAAUGUGCUAUUUGGCUCCAGUCUUGUAUGGAAGAUGUUAGAACAGUGCCUACAGCUUGCAAGGGAUGGGUCUGUUGUCAUUUAAUCAUUUACAUUUAACUGAACUGUGUUCCUUUCAAACAAUUACUAGUCCUCCAAGUGUAUAACAGACACUCUCUUCUAGUAUUAUAAUUUGUCUUUUGUCUGUGGUCCUGAUCCAGUUUACAGCCUCUGCAUAAUUUCUGGACUGACAAUAAUCUGAUGGUUGGUGAUGCAUGCUGCAAGGCAGCCUCUCCUCAACCAAUGUGACAGCAAUUGACCACUCAGACAUCAAGCACUGCCUUGUGGCAAGUCAGAGAGAUGCAUCACAUGUUCCCCAAUACCCAUAAUAUUUUUGAGAAAAAUAUGCUGUCUAAAGUGGGGUUCAUGGUGGCAAAGAAAAGUAGAAGAGGUAAGUUUCUAGUAGAUGCCUGCUAUACACUAGGAGGGGCUACUUUAUAGAUGCCUACAUUUUCCUACAGCACACUAUGCACACUGCCAUUGACCCCUUUCCCUAGUGUGGAAGGUCAAUUACAAUCCUAUCAAUGCGCCUGCCUUGGAAGCUACCACUCUUAGAACUACAGAGGGUGGUGCUGGAAUCUAGCAACACUCCAGUCUCCAUUUUCACAGGCUUGGUUUUUUGUUUUUUCAAGAAAUUAUAAUAAUGGAAGCCAAAGCUAUUGAGUGAGUGGGACAGCUGUUUGGCAGGUAGGCUGUCUUCAUUGAAUGAGGCAAACAUAUUUAUGUUUGGCAGUUGUGUACCUUUAAUAUCUAUAGAAUGAUAAAACCAAUAAGCACACAUUUUCUUAUAAACAAAUAUACAGGUAUGGGAAGCAAGAAAAGUGCCAUGAACUAUGGAAUGGUAUAAACAAGCCCUACAUUCAUGGCUUCUAGUAUUAAUAAAGCAAGUUGCCAUAAGUUUUGGGGAAGCCUAAUGUAUAGGCAACAGGUGCUCUUUAAUGUGACCCUACCAUGCCGCAUGAUAUCUGGCAGAGACAAAGCUAAUGCCCUCUGCUAGAAACGGCCAUUAUCUGACUCCCUUAUCGUAUUCUGCACUAUAUAUAGCCAAAAGUGUAUGGACCCCUCACCAUCACACUCACAAUAUGUCCAAAAGCAUGCAGACACCUCUCCAAAGUGCUACAUUCAGCUGUUUCCAGUGAAGAGUACUGUUAAAAGAAUUCUCAAAGCUGUGUGCUUUUAACGCAAAAAUACGAAGGAAACUUGGACAGCCGCACUCCAAAAUGUUUCUUUUAAUUAAAAUCGAUCACAAAAUAAACAU